AUGGCGGACUACGCUUCGUUUGUCCAAUAUGUGCUCCGCGUUGACGAACUGUUCAGCGACGUAGAGGACUGCGUGGGCAUACCGCGGCCACUCUUGAGGGACAGGUCGAACCCCAUGGAAGACUUCACGGACAGCGAAUUCCUCGCGCGCUUCCGUUUCACGAAGAGCAGCGUGAAAAAGCUGCUCGAGUGCUUGCCCCUUGAGGAGAGCUGCAGCGACCGUGGCCACCCUCUACCACCGAUGAUACAGCUUCUGAUUGCGCUGCGCUUCUAUGGAGCGGGCACAUUUCAAGUUGUGGCGGGCGACCUCGUGCAUGUGUCGCAGCCGACUGUGAGCCGCGUUAUUGAACGUGUGUCGCGGCUGAUCGCCACGCACUUGUUCCCGGACGUCGUGCAGUUCCCCAACUCUGAUGACGGGUUCCGCGAAACGAUGGUGGGGUUCUACCGCAUCGCCAAAUUUCCUGGGGUGACAGGGUGCAUAGACUGCACCCACAUCCGCAUCAAAUCGCCUGGUGGGCCGGACGGAGAAGUGUACCGCAACCGGAAGGGCUACUUCUCGAUAAACGUUCAGGUGAUUGCAGGGCCGAAGCUGCAGUUUUUCGACGUCGUCGCCAGCUGGCCUGGAUCUGUGCACGACAGUCGUAUAUUCGACAACAGUCGUGCACGCGUUCUCUAUGAGACGAAGCGAGUGCCGGGUCUCCUGCUUGGCGAUGCUGGCUACCCGUGCCUCUCAUUUCUCAUGACCCCGACGGCUGACGCGCCACCGGACAGCCCCGAGAGCCGGUAUCAAGCAGCUCACAUCCGCACCCGAAACACCAUCGAGAGGGCCUUUGGUGUGUGGAAGCGUCGCUUCCCGUGUUUGGACAUGGGGCUGCAGCACCUGGCAGAACGUUCUGCUGUCAUCACAACAGCCUGUGCUGCCCUGCACAACCUGGCAGUCCUCAGGCGGGACCCGGAACCACCAGCUGUCGUGAUACCACAGCACUUGAGGCGGCCGCAGCCUGAUGUGGCAAACCAAACGGACACGUUGCUCGGUUCGCGAUGCCGAACGCGGCUGAUCGCUCGCGCAUUUAACUAAGGAAUUAAUUUAAUGUCACUCUGUUCUACUGAGAUGACAAACAACUUCAGCCAUGUAUGUGCACGUUCUAGGGGGUGUUGUGAAGUUCGUGGCUUCGUCACCUUUCGCUCAGAAAUGAAACAGACACCUAAAAUCGUAUGAAAACUUGACACUUCGUCAAUAAUUGCGCAAGUAAGAUAUGCGGGGUUUAACGUUCCAAAACCACAAUAUGAUUAUGAGGGACGCCAUAGUGGAGGGCUCCGGAUAUUUUGACUACCUGUAGUUUAACGUGCACCUAAGUCUAAGUACACAGGCCUCAGUAUUGUCGCCUCCGUCGAAAAUGCAGCCGCCGCGGCCGGGAUUCGAUCCCGCGACCUUCCGGUCAGUAGCCGAGCGCCAUAACCAAAAGUUUUCAAAGAUCAGUCAUGCUGAAAUGUCAGAAACAUUGAGGGGAGAUGUCCUUACGGCUCAUUCAAAAGCGGGCUCCCUCGUUUUAAGACAUGGCAUUUUGCCAUUGAACGUGAAUCGCACAGAGGCCUCCCAACAAUCUCGAAAAAUCCGGUAACAAGCUAUGCUGUCUACAAGCAGAUUCUUAAAAAUAGGUGAAUACCUGGCAAAAAUACAGCCCAGUUCCUGGGAACCUUCUGGGAGCAUGUCAGAAGUGGGUGCAGAAAUUUUGGAACAGUCGGCAAUGAAUACUCACAGAUGUCACGAGUUGUGCCUGCCAAACUGAGGCCUUGUGUUCCAAAGUGGCCCUGCAUCGCUCAUAUUCACGUGACCUGGUCCUUUACAACUACCGUAUGUUUGAAGAUGUCAUAAUGAUGUCUUGAAGAGGCAUCAUUAUGACGACGUUAUCAUCAGACAUGCUGCUGAGAGCUGUUUUGACGUCUUAUAGCAAGGCUUUUUUUUAGGUAACCAUAAGAGGUGAAACAACAAUGUAGAACGGACAUCUGCUUGAGAAGGAAUCACUUUGAAUAACUGUGCGCUUUCAAAGGUGUCACUGUACACUGUCUGUGCAAAACCAGGAACUUGUCAGCACUCUCUCGUGUAACAAGGUGGAAUUCCAUUGAAUGUUAAUCAAGAUUUCUGCUUUGACAUGUGUAACACAUCCUUAAUGUACAUACUUUGGUCCUGUUUUAGCUUUCCUUUCCAUGCUUGCCAAUUCGCAGCAUAUUUUUUUCCUUCACCAGAGCUGUGCCGUACGUCUUGCACAUAAAAACA